AUGGCGGCUGGGUUCAAAACUGUGGAACCUCUGGAGUAUUACAGGAGAUUUUUGAAAGAGAACUGCCGUCCUGAUGGAAGAGAACUUGGUGAAUUCAGAACCACAACUGUUAACAUAGGUUCAGUUAGCACUGCAGAUGGUUCUGCUCUAGUGAAGCUGGGAAAUACUGCAGUCAUUUGUGGAAUUAAAGCGGAAUUUGCAGCACCACCACCAGAAGCUCCUGAUAAAGGAUAUGUUGUUCCUAAUGUGGAUCUACCACCUCUGUGUUCGUCGAGAUUUCGGUCUGGACCUCCUGGAGAAGAGGCCCAAAUAGCUAGCCAGUUCAUUGCAGAUGUCAUUGAAAAUUCACAGAUAAUUCCGAAAGAAGACUUAUGCAUUUCUCCAGGGAAGCUUGCUUGGGUUCUAUACUGUGAUCUCAUUUGCCUUGACUAUGAUGGAAAUAUUUUGGAUGCCUGUACAUUUGCUUUGUUGGCAGCUUUAAAAAAUGUACAAUUGCCUGAAGUUACUAUAAAUGAAGAAACUGCUUUAGCAGAAGUUAAUUUAAAGAAGAAACAUUAUUUGAACAUUAGAACUCAUCCAGUUGCUACCUCCUUUGCGGUCUUUGAUGACACUCUGCUCAUAGUGGAUCCUACUGGAGAGGAGGAACAUCUGGCAACUGGAACCCUAACAGUAGUAAUGGAUGAGGAAGGCAAGCUAUGUUGUCUUCACAAACCAGGUGGCAGUGGGCUGACUGGAGCUAAACUUCAGGACUGUCUGAGCCGAGCAGUUACAAGACACAAAGAAGUAAAAAAACUGAUGGAUGAAGUAAUUAAGAGUAUGAAAGCCAAAUAA